CAAGAGUUAACGUUCAUCCCUUUUAGACUCAUAAAAUAUAAAGCUCAAUAUUGCUCAUAUAGUGUAUAUUUGUAUAUAUAAAGUGUAGACCACAACAUAUGGACGCCUAAUGUAGAUAAAUUUCAUACAUUAUGAUGGAUGAAAACCUGAAAGGAAGGUCAUUUCCAGCCUAUGAUAAUUGCUAAGAGACUAAAAGUCAAUUUACACAAACACAACAAUUUAUUAACCCAUACCAUUGUCAUAAAUUUCUGUCAGGUGAAUACUUCUAUACUAAUCGUAAGAUAAUUGUCUUAGUUGCAUGUAUUUUUGUUAAGGGUCAACUAUAACUACGUGUUGAUUGUUAUGUUUUAUUCAUUAUAUAAAUUGUGAAUUGUUGCAUUAACCGGAAAAUUUUCAUCGUCAAUGAUGAUGUGAUUUUAUAUUGGUUAAUCUGGUUAACCAAUUAACCAAAUCGAUGAAACUUUAGUUUGGUUAAUUUGGUUGUUGUAUUAGUUUGGACGGUUUGGUUAUGAUAUUGUAUUCCUUAUUUAGUUUGGUUAUAACCAUGGUAACUAUUUGAAGAACCCUAAUGGUGAGUAUGCCUUUUUUCCAUUUUCGAGUAGAAAUGGAAAAAGAAAGUUAAAAAAAAAUAGUAAGAAAAAGGGAAAGGGAAUUUGGGUGCUGCAUGGCGCAGGAUGAGACUGGUGUCUGUCACUGUCAGUCAUCGUCUCUCCCGCUCCCUCCGAGGCAGGCGAAGAAUUCCCAUAACAACCUGAAGCAAUCUGUAACCCUAAUUCCCAAAUUCAUUUCCCUGCUACAACAAUCCCCCGAAAUUCAACCCCAUUGGAUGUUCGCCUACUGAUUUCCCAAACCCUCCAUGGAUCCUCGCCGACCUCCGCGCACCGUCCCGGACCCCAAGGUCCGCCACGUCGGCUUCUUCGCUCCGGGAGCCGACGCCCCGCCACCGCCGGACCGCUCCAACUCCGCCCCACCCGAUCCCCUCUCCUCUUCCCCUCCCGCCGCCGCCACCGCCAACCUCGCGCCUCCGGGCACCUCCAUCUCCCCCGUCAUGAUUCCUCCUCCGCGCCAUUCCGCCGCUCCUCUGUCUCCUCGCCGCCGCGACUCCUUCAUCGUCGGGAGUUACAGCGGCAAGAGGUUCCUGGAUGUCGGCUCUCCGACCGCAUCCACCGCCUCGGCUACGGAUGACUGGGCCUUGCCAACUUCUGCCGACUCUGCUUGGGUGGGAGAUACCGUUGGCGCGGCCGCCAGUAGCUUGCCCCCUGUAGGCUCUGCCGCCAUGAUUGCGAAAAGCCUGGCCAGCAGUGUGCCGGCGACAGCCGGAUUGACUGCCGUUUCUAAUGUCCACCGUUCGGCUGGUGUUUCGGGGAAGCCUAGUGGAGCAGCAAGUAAAGUACAAGGUGACAAGCCUAAACAGUCAAAAACUUUGAAAGAGAAAACCACCAAAGCUGAAAGGCGCGCACUUCAAGAAUCUCAGAGGGCUGCAAAAGCAGCAGCUAAAGGCGUUGGUGGCAAGGCGUCGGUUCAUAUGUCCGAGGUUGUGCUUGCUUCAGAUGUGGAGUCCGUUGAAGUACCGAAGGCUCAUUUCCAGAGAAACGAUAUUGCUGCAGUUAGUGAGAAGAAGGUAAUUGACCGCCAACUAGAAAAAGACAGGAAGAAAGACGUCCCUCAACCACGCAUGCAGUAUGAUGACAAGAGUCGAGUCGAGAAGGCCAAAAAACGUGCUGUGCUAAAACAGACAGAGGCUAGGAACAGAGUUGAGUUGUUCAGACACUUGCCUCAAUAUGAGCGUGGGACACUACUUCCUGAUCUGCAGUCGAGGUUUUUCCAACUUGAUCCAGUGCACCCUGCUAUCAGCAAGGUUGGAUUCCAGUAUUUGUCAGGAGAUAUAAGUGGCAGCAAUGCACGCUGCAUUGCAAUGCUUCAAGCAAUCCGGGAGGCCAUUAUAGACUACUCUGUACCACCUGGGAAAGCUCUUGUUAGAGACUUAACAUCUAAAAUCGGUAGCUAUGUUUCAUUUCUUAUCGAGUGCCGGCCCCUCUCAAUCAGCAUGGGGAACGCCAUUAGAUAUCUAAAGAAUCGAAUUGCCAAGUUGCCCUUAACCUUGUCUGAAUCAGAAGCAAAAGCAACUGUGGUGGCUGAUAUUGACCGGUUCAUACAUGACAAGAUCAUUCUGGCAGAUAAGAUGAUAGUAAAGCAUGCAGUAACCAAGAUCAGGGAUGGUGAUGUUCUCCUCACGUAUGGAUCAUCCUCUGUAGUUGAAAUGAUACUGUUACAUGCACAUGAGCUUGGGAAGCAGUUCAGAGUUGUAGUAGUCGACUCUCGACCCAAACUUGAAGUGAGUCGAGUUUUCUUGGGAGCAUCUUCAGUACUUUCCAAUGGAACAGUGUAUUCGAGAGUUGGAACUGCAUGUGUUGCCAUGGUUGCCCAUACUUUUCAUGUGCCAGUAAUGGUCUGUUGUGAAACAUACAAGUUCCACGAGAGGGUCCAGCUUGAUUCAAUAUGCUCGAAUGAGCUCGGUGAUCCUGAUGUCAUUUGCAAAGUUCGUGGUAGGGAUGAGAUUAACUUUUUGGAUGGUUGGACCAAUGGAAACAAUCUGCAGCUCCUGAAUCUGAUCUAUGAUGCAACGCCUUCUGACUAUGUUUCAAUGAUAAUCACCGACUAUGGCAUGGUUCCACCAACCAGUGUACCAGUUAUUGUCCGGGAAUAUCGGAAAGAACAACUGUGGAUAUAGCUGACUCUCUGUGGGAUCGCUAUCAGGGAGGGUUCUCACACAUUUUUCUCAGGGAGGCUACUGAAUAUCCAUGUUCUGCAAGGGAAGCGUGGAUGAUAACACCAGUAAACUUUUCACAAAAUUUUGAUCUCUUUCACCUCAGUAAUUUGGUCUCCCUUAUCCUUUUGGUGUCGUUGUGGACGAAUCCGUAAGAAAUGGUAUUAUGAGUUUUCUGGGGUUCUAGUAUAAUCAACUGACUCAGUGAAGAGUGUAUCUUUGCCUCUCCGAGCAGAUCUUGCCAUUCAACAUUUCCGUUGUAUCGUGUAUCCCAAACACAGUUCAUUCGGCUCACAAAUCGGAACUGCAUUCUGGGAAGUUUUGAUUUUCUGUGGAGCUAUUCGAUCUGUUCGCAAUUUUGUAAAGCGACUCGCUAGUUCAGCCUCUCUUCCUAAUUGAUCUGUAACCGGAAUGAUUCAAUGUACACUCGUAAUCCACUAUGAAAUGUAACAGUCGUUCGUUCUUGCUUCUUAUAUCUCCGAACCGGUACAGCAAAGUUUAGACAAAUUCAGACACGGGAAAGGAGCAAACAGAGAGAGACAAUUAACAGUAAGUAGCCAAACUUGAUCAAUGAAUUACAUUCAUAAAAGAACCAUAAAAGGUGCAAGUGCGA